UUUGGCUUUUACACAAUUUUCUUGUUCGGCACCUCUGUUACUCUUUAUUUCGUUAGCUAGUUCCAUCUUCACCUUCCAAUCUCAAUCCACCCAAUCUAUUCAAAUCGACGAUUUUGAUAUAACCGUAGACCUCAAAUUCUCCUUAAUUAGCCUCAAUUGUCUCUUUCAGAAUUUAGAUUUCAGAGUCCCACUCCCACCCGUUUGAUCACAUUCAAUUCUCCAUCAAAUACCAGUAGAGUUUCAAUCUCUUCAAUUUGCCAAAUGGGUUUUCGCCGUUUGCUCAGAUUACCAAGAUUUUGAUUUGUGUGAUCGUCUAUUAAAAUCUUCACAUAGAAAUUUUUUGAUGUAAGGACAGAGUGAAAGAUCUUGAGCUUCUUUGUCUGGAGUUGUGGAAAUAAUUGGGAUUUGCUUAUUCAAUUUAACGAUCUCUAGUGAAGUGCAUAGCUUUGGCUGCAGAGCAGAAGAAGAGAUUUUAUGCUGAUAUUCUAGCUGGCUGAAAUUUCAAGAGCUGGAAAUUUUCAUCUGAGUUAAUAUCAAUGGCUGAUAAUCGACGUAGUAAUGUCAAAUCUGGUAACGGGAAAGCCUCAGGAGCCAGCAAUCCAUAUGCCAUCAAUUUGGAUAACUUCAGUAAACGAUUGCAAAUGUUGUAUUCACACUGGAAUGAGCACAAAAGUGAGCAAUGGGGUGAUUCUGAGGCACUUGCAUUAGCAACGCCUCCUGCUUCUGAUGAUCUACGAUACCUGAAAUCAUCGGCCCUCCACGUCUGGUUGCUCGGUUAUGAGUUUCCUGAAACCAUUAUGCUUUUCAUGAAGAAGCAAUUGCAUGUCCUGUGCAGCCAGAAGAAAGCCUCUCUGCUUGAUGCUGUGAAAAAAUCUGCCAAAGAGACUGUGGGUAUUGAAAUUAUAAUGCAUGUGAAGCCCAAGAAUGAUGAUGGAACGGGACUGAUGGAUAGUCUAUUUAGAUCAGUCAAUGCUCAGUCGAAGUCCAGUGGUAAUGGCUCUCCAAUUGUUGGAUACAUAGCCAGAGAGGCUCCUGAAGGGAAGCUUUUGGAGACUUGGACUGAAAAGUUGAAGAAUGCAGACUUUCAGCUAGCUGAUGUAACUAAUGGGUUUUCUGACUUGUUUGCUGUUAAAGACAACGUUGAACUUACAAAUGUCAAACGAGCUGCGUUUUUGACAUCAUCCGUUAUGAGGAGUUUUGUUGUUCCCAAGCUUGAAAAGGUCAUUGAUGAGGAGAAGAAGAUUUCUCAUUCUUCUUUGAUGAACGAAACAGAGAAGGCUAUACUGGAACCUGCAAGAAUUAAGGUGAAGCUGAAGGCAGAGAAUGUUGAUAUUUGUUACCCUCCAAUUUUUCAAAGUGGAGGAGAUUUUGAUCUGAAACCAAGUGCUUCAAGCAACGAUGACAAUCUUUGCUAUGACUCAACUAGUGUAAUCAUAUGUGCCGUAGGAUCUCGCUACAACAGUUACUGCUCAAACGUUGCUCGAACCUUUCUAAUUGAUGCUAAUUCUGUGCAGAGCAAGGCUUAUGAGGUUCUCCUUAGAGCCCAUGAAGCAGCAAUUAGUACUUUAAAACCAGGCAAUAAGAUAAGUUCUGCAUACCAAGCUGCCCUCUCGGUUGUUGAAAAGGACGCCCCUGAAUUGGCUCCAAGCUUAACCAAAACUGCAGGAACUGGCAUUGGUCUUGAGUUUCGUGAGUCGGGUCUUAAUCUUAAUGCCAGAAAUGACCGAACUCUGAGACCAGGCAUGGUUUUCAACGUGUCACUUGGUUUUCAAAACUUGCAGGCGGAGACCAAAAACCUAAAGACCCAGAAAUUUUCAAUUUUGUUAGCAGAUACUGUUAUUGUUCGUGAAGAUGUCCCAGAAGUUCUGACGCAGUCAAGUUCUAAAGCUGUUAAAGAUGUGGCAUACUCUUUCAAUGAGGACGAUGAUGAAGAAGAAGAACAAGUAAAAGUAAAAGCUGGGACUAAAGUUGGUGGGACUACCUUAUCUAAGGCAACACUUCGGUCAGAUAACCAGGAGAUGUCAAAGGAAGAGCUAAGAAGGCAACAUCAGGCAGAACUUGCUCGUCAGAAAAAUGAAGAAACUGCAAGGAGGCUUGCAGGUGGUGGUUCUUCAGCAACCGAUAAUCGCGGGGCUGGGAAAACUAUUGGUGACCUUAUUGCAUACAAAAAUGUCAAUGAUUUGCCUCCUGCAAGAGAUUUGAUGAUUCAAAUUGACCAGAGGAAUGAAGCCAUCCUUUUGCCAAUUUAUGGAACCAUGGUUCCUUUCCAUGUUGCCACUGUUAAGAGUGUGUCCAGCCAGCAGGACAGUAACAGGAAUUGCUACAUCAGAAUUAUAUUUAAUGUACCUGGAACACCAUUCAAUCCUCAUGAUGCUAAUUCCCUUAAGUUUCAGGGGUCAGUUUAUCUAAAAGAAGUUUCAUUCCGGUCCAAGGACCCAAGGCAUAUAAGUGAAGCUGUACAACAAAUUAAGACCCUCCGGCGGCAAGUUGCUUCUAGGGAGUCGGAAAGAGCUGAGAGAGCAACUUUAGUUACUCAGGAGAGACUGCAGCUUGCAGGAACAAAAUUUAAGCCAAUAAGAUUGCCUGAUCUAUGGAUCCGACCUCCUUUUGGUGGUCGUGGAAGAAAGCUCUCUGGGUCUCUUGAAGCCCAUACCAAUGGUUUUCGCUAUUCUACUUCAAGGGCCGAUGAAAAAGUAGAUGUUAUGUUUGGCAACAUUAAACAUGCCUUUUUCCAACCAGCAGAGAAGGAAAUGAUCACUCUGUUGCAUUUUCAUUUGCAUAAUCACAUUAUGGUGGGAAACAAAAAGACAAAAGAUGUGCAAUUCUAUGUGGAGGUGAUGGACGUGGUCCAGACGCUAGGAGGUGGGAAGAGAUCUGCGUAUGAUCCAGAUGAGAUUGAGGAAGAGCAAAGGGAGAGGGCUCGAAAAAACAAAACUAAUAUGGACCUCCAGAACUUUGUGAACCGAGUUAAUGAUUUGUGGGGACAACCCCAACUCAAAACUUUUGACCUAGAGUUUGAUCAGCCCCUGAGAGAGCUUGGCUUUCAUGGUGUACCACACAAGGCCUCAGCUUUCAUAGUCCCAACUUCAAGCUGCCUGGUUGAGCUGAUAGAGACACCAUUUGUGGUAAUCACUCUUAGCGAGAUUGAAAUAGUCAAUCUUGAGAGAGUCGGCCUUGGGCAGAAGAAUUUUGAUAUGACCAUAGUAUUUAAGGAUUUCAAGCGAGAUGUAUUUAGAAUUGAUUCUAUUCCUUCAACAUCUUUGGAUGGCAUCAAGGAGUGGCUUGACACAACUGAUCUUAAAUAUUAUGAAAGCAGAUUGAAUCUCAACUGGCGGCCUAUACUGAAAACUAUUACUGAUGAUCCUGAGCAGUUCAUAGAAGAUGGUGGAUGGGAAUUUUUAAACAUGGAUGUUAGUGAUUCUGAUUCUGAUAAAUCAGAGGAAUCAGACAAAGGUUAUGUACCUUCAGAUAUACAGUCGGACUCAGGUUCCGAAGAUGAAGACGAUGAUAGUGAGUCAUUGGUGGAAUCGGAAGAUGACGACGAGGAAGACUCUGAAGAAGAAUCAGAGGAGGAUGAAGGGAAAACCUGGGAAGAAUUGGAGAGGGAAGCAAGUUAUGCAGAUAGGGAAAAAGGAGAUGAUUCUGACAGUGAACAGGAGAGAGCAAGGACUAAGAUAAAGGCUUUUGGAAAGGCUAGGGCGCCUGACAAGAGAAAUCUGGGUAGCAGCCUUCCCAAAAGGCCCAAACUAAGGAGAUAGAUAGGCGUCUUCUUCUCUUGCUCUCUCCUUUUUGUUAUAUUUACCCAUAGAUUGUUCUUGUAUAACUAUGUUUUACAAAGAUGUUCAUGUAUGUACUAUUGUUUAGUUGUACUAUAAAGACGUCAAGGUAAGUUUAAGUUAUGAACAUUUCCUACUUGAAAGAUGGUGUUUGAUGAAA